AUUGUUAGGUUUCCGAUUCGCAUGGUAUGACAUUGCAAUAAUCGCUUUUGCCUGAAUUAUUACUGAAAUGGCGGUAGCACUUUGUCUGGGAAGAUCUCGCCUGGCAGUACAGCGUUUUUACGCUUCAAUUACCUCUUCCGCUGCAGCAACAGUUCGCAGUUCCAGUUUUCAAUCACAGCAUUGUGUAGUUGGCGUUCGGUAUGCAUCUACAGCAAAAGAUAUCUUUGUUCCAUCACAGGAUUCUCUAACGGGCAUACCGGAUAUCCCGAUAACAAAUAUGCCUCCGGAAGCAGUAUCUGGUCCAGGCUUUUCCUUUUAUGAGAAAUGGCUUCUGAAGGUCGAUGUAUUGGACAUGUUGGGUCUAAAUGAUAUAUCAACUGUAGAAAGGACUGGGCUUUUUACAUGGUAUUCACCUGCUUCAUGGUAUCGAAUUGGUUUGGAAUUUAUCCACAAUCAUUUCGAUCUCCCCUGGUUUGCUUCUAUCAUAUGUAUCACAUUGUGUUUGCGGUUAGCAUUUCUGCGGGCAACCUUAUUCUUGCAAAGAUUUGCACCAAAGAAAAUGAUACACGACGAGACAUUAAAAAUGUUUGAUGAAAAGAAGAAAGAAGCUCAAGAAGUAGUUCGCUGUGAAGCUCUGUAUCGGAAGAUAUCGCAUGAUGAAAAUGUUUAUAUAGAUACGUAUAAUUUAAGAUCCUCCAAUAGGUAUUAUUAUUUUGUGCUCAACUCAGUUUUAUUUAUUUCCCAAUAUCGUGGAAUUAUUCUUAUGGCAGAAAAUAAUUUUCCUGGUUGGGAUACAGGCGGUGCAUUAUGGUUCCUGGAUUUAACAAUGACAGAUCCUAAUUUCUUGGUACCAGCACUCUCAUCUGUUCUCAUUGGAUGCACACUUUUUCUUGGAUAUGAUCCAACCGGUACCGCAUCCGCCAGCAAAUACGUUAAAGCCUUCAAGUAUUUUGUGGUACCAGUUGGUGUAUUCUUUUUUAGCUCAAGAGUUCCUGUAGCCAUUUCGAUAUACUGGUGUACCUCAAACUUCUUCAAUCUUUUGUUAACAAUAACUUUACGCAUCCCCAAAAUCCGUUAUGCUCUUGAUAUCCCAUUGAAAGUAACGAAAUCAAGUUCGGCGACAUUCCAAAAAGCAUGGAAGCGUGCAUUCGGUUGGAAGAAGGAAACAGAGAAACAGGCUCGGUCACGACCGGUAAUGUGGGAAAUAAUGCAGAGACAACAUUUGGAAAGAUUUGCGAAAGCUGGUGGACCAGGCCCUACGAAGUGAUUAAUAGUUAAUGAUAAAAUCGGGACUUGCUUUCACAAUGGUUUUGUUGAUCGCAUUUUAAAAUGUUUAUGAAAGAUUUUCUGAUUUUUGCAAUAAAUUUAUCAAAUUUGAAGGAAAUAAAAUAAUUACG